CCCUGACGCGGAAGUACUUUUUAUUUUAUUUCGCUAACCAGACGCUGAUAAUGCUUGCUACCAUUAGACACCUUGUUAGCAGCAAAAUACAUAUCUUCAUAGUAAAACAAAGUGUACUUAGAUUUCCAUCAAAAUGUCGAAAAUUCAGCUUUUGCAGGUUUUUCUAAACGAGCGUUUAACAGCAGCGGCAGUUGAGAUAUUAGGGGCUGUGGAAAAUACCAUAGCAGAGUACCAGGAAGAAAUCUCCCGUGCGAAGGAGGAGAUCGAACGUCUACAAAGGCUGCUGGAUUUGGCUUUCAAUCCCGACAUAAAGUUACAUAUUGCAGCAUGGUUUCUUCAACGUUACUCCCUUCUACUCUUCUCAACGCCUCCAGAUAGGAGACAUGCUGGACAGCCCUUACUCUUGUCACCUCUGUCUCCUUCACUCUAACAGGGCACUUCAGGAAUCAGACUCCCAGCAGCUCACUCUCCCUGUCCCUGAAGACAUUCCUCCUGAGCAGCAGGACUGGAGCCCCAGUCUGGACCAGGAGGACCCAGAGCCCACUCAGAUUAAAGAGGAACAGGAGGAGUUUGUGACCAGUCAGGAGGAAGAGCAGCUUGAAGGGCUGGAGUCUGAUAUUAAAGAGUUCAUAUUCACUCUACCCUGUGUAAAGAGUGAUAAUGAUCCGGACCCUCCUCAGCCCUUAUAUCUUCCCCAAACCCAGACUAUGGAGAACAGAGAGAGGGACUCUCUUCCCACCAAAACAACUGAACAAGACAUCAAAACAGAACCUAAUGGAGAGGGCUGCAGUGCAUCAGAACCAUCAAGUGAAUCUCAACCCCUCUCUACAGUACACUCGGACUGCUCUGCAACUCAGAUUGGCAACAGUGAAAGUGACAAUGGGGUGGACUCUGGAGGAUUAAUGUCAGGGUUACAGCCACUCAAAUCAAAGACAACUUGGACGAAGAAAGAACUAAGCUCUAAGAUCAGGGAAGCCAGUGAGUUGAAAGUUCCAUUGAGGGAGGCUCAUUCAGGGGAGAGACCACACAGGUGUCCUGUCUGCAGGAAAUGCUUUCUGAAAAGUAGCAUUUUAAAAGCACAUCAGAGAAUUCACACUGGGGAGAAACCAUAUUUCUGUAAUGUAUGUGGCAGAAGUUUCAGUCAGAAGGGAACCCUAACGGAACAUAUGAGAAUUCACACUGGGGAGAAACCAUAUCAGUGCAAAGAUUGUGGAAAAUGCUUCAGCCGAAUGAGAAACUUGGCAGGACAUAUGAGGAUACACACUGGAGAGAAACCAUAUAAGUGCAGUGAUUGUGGCAAGUGCUUUAGUCAGAAGAUAUGCCUGAAAGAUCAUAUGAUGACUCACACAGGGGAGAGAUCAUAUAUUUCCCCGCUUUUGCCAUCAAACCCCUGCAACAUAUCCAGAUCGCCGCAGCACGCCUGGUGUUCAACCUUUCCAAGCUCUCCCAUGUUACCCCGCUCCUCCGCACACUCUACUGGCUUUCAGUCGAAGCUCACAUCAUCUUUGAGACCCUGGUGCUUGCCUACGGAGCAGGAAGAGGACCUGCCCCUCCCUAACUUCAGGCUAUGGUCAAACUCUACACCCCAACCCAAGCACUCCGUUCUGCCACCUCUGGUCUCUUGGCCCUCCCACCCCUACAGGAGGGCAGCUCCCGCUCAGCCCAGUCAAAGCUCUUCUCUGUCCUGGCACCCCAAUGGUGGAACAAGCUUCCCCCUAAGUUCAGUACAGCGGAGUCCCUGCCCGAAAACGUCUGACACCCUACUUAAAUAACCCCCCUAAGAGUAUAGGUUUAAUCACCAUGCGCUAUGUCAAGCGUCGGCUGGAGUGGUGUAAAUCUCGCUGCCAUUGGGCCCUGGAGCAGUGGAAACGCCUUCUCUGUAAUGAUGAAUCACACUUCACCAUCUGGCAGUCCAACGGACGAAUCUGGGUUU